AUGGCGUCAAAGCCAGGUCAGAAAAUCCGCGUGGACGAGCAUGUCCCGAUUCCUCUGUCGGACGGGAUCGUGCUCUCGGCGCAGAUCUGGCGACCGGAGAGCUCUUACGCAACCGGCACGGCGACGUCGACGCCGGUGCCCGUACCGGCCAUUCUCGAGUAUCUCCCGUAUCGAAAACGGGACUACACGGCGCCGCGAGACGCGCUCAACCACCCGUACGUGGCGAGCCACGGGUAUGCGUGCGUGCGGGUGGACAUGCGCGGGACGGGCGACUCGGAGGGCCUCCUGCACGGCGAGUACCUCAAGCAGGAGCAGGACGACGCGCUGGAAGUGUUGAGCUGGAUAGCCGGGCAGGAGUGGUGCACGGGAUCGAUCGGCAUGAUCGGCAUCUCCUGGGGCGGGUUCAACGGGCUGCAGGUGGCGGCGCGACGGCCGGCGGAGCUGAAGGCGGUGAUAUCGCUGUGCUCGACCGACGACCGCUACGGCGACGACAUCCACUACAUGGGCGGCUGUCUGCUGGUGGACAACUUCCUCUGGGGCGCGACCAUGUUCAGCAUGAACCCGCUGCCGCCCGACCCGGCGCUGGUGGGCGACCCCAAAUGGCGAGAGCUGUGGCUGGCCCGUCUGGAGGCCGGCGGCCUGUACAUGGUCGACUGGCACCGGCACCAGCGCCGCGACGAGUUCUGGACGCACGCCUCCGUCGGCGAAGACUACAGCGCCAUCCAGUGCCCCGUCUACCUGGUCGGCGGGUGGAUGGACCCCUAUUCCAACACCAUUUUCCGCAUGCUCCAGCACCUGCAAUGUCCGCGCAAAGGUCUGGUCGGGCCCUGGGCACACAAAUACCCCAACUUCGCCCAGCCGGGCCCGGCCAUCGGCUUCUUGCAGGAGUCCGUCCGCUGGUGGGACAAGUGGCUGAAGGGCGUCGACACCGGCAUCAUGGACGAGCCCGCCCUGCGCUGCUAUCUCCAGGACACCGCCCCGCCGCAGACGCACUACGACUUCCGCCCUGGCCAUUGGGUCGCCGAGUCCGUCUGGCCCAGCCCGGCCGUCACGUCGCACCCGCUGGGUCUGGCCCCGGGCCGGCUCACAGACACAGACCCACAGCACGAGGCGGUGUUUUCUUCUCCGUCUCCUUCUCCUUCUCCGUCUACCACCUCUGCAUCUGGCGCAAGAGGCGUUGACCCACCUCCACAACUUCUGACCAUAUCCUCCCCCCAGACGGUCGGCCUGGCCUCAGGCAGAUGGUGCGUGUUCGGGCUUGACGCCGACGAGCCCGGCGACCAGCGCCAGGAAGCGGGCGGGUCGCUCGUGUUCGACAGCGAGCCGGUGACGUCGCCCAUCGACCUGCUGGGCCCGGUGGUGCUUCGUCUCCGGGUGGCCAGCGACCAGGCCAACGCGGUGGUGGCGGCCGUCGUGUCGGAGGUGCUCCCCGGCGGGGCAGCAACGCGGAUCUCAUGGGGGCUGCUCAACCUGACGCACCGCAACAGCCACGUCGACGUCGAGCCGCUGCAGCCGGGCCGGUUCUACGAUGUGGAGAUCAAGCUGAACGAGCUGGGCCAGCGCCUCGGCGUCGGGAGCCGCCUCCGCCUCGCCCUGUCGACCUCGUACUUCCCGACCAUCUGGCCGUCGCCCGAGCCGACCACGCUGAUGAUCGAUUGCGCCGCCUCCACGCUGGAUCUGCCGGUGCGGCGGCGGCCGUCUCCAGAAAACCCAGAUCCAAAUCCGCUCGACGCCCAGCUCCCGGCCUUCCAGCCCGCCGUCAACGGUCCGCCAUUGAACACCCACAUAUUGCGGCCCGCCCGCUCCAGCAACAAGGUCGUCCAGGACCUCAAUUCCGGCAUCGUCACAGUCCGCCUCGAGGAGGACGCUGGGAAGUGGGAGAGCCGCGAGUCCGGCUGGCGCUUCGGCAGCGACCAGACCAUCGUGUGCGCCGUCCAUCCCGAUGAUCCGCUGUCCGCCCGCGUCGAGCAGCAUUUCCGUAAGGAAUUCGGCCGCGAGGGCCUCGACCUGGCCGUGGCCGGCUGGGCGAAAAUGGCCGCCUCUAAGACAUACUUUCUCUUGACUGCUCACCUGGAGGCGUGGGAGCAGAACGAGCAGAUCUUUGUCAGGGACUAUGAUUUUGCUAUUCCACGAGACGGGGUUUAG